AUGAAGAAGUUAUCUGUCUUAGCAAUAUCCUCUUUUUUAAUUGUUGAUUUCCUCUUCCCUGGAUAUCAUCACAACUCAAAUUCCACCAAGUCAAGAAAUUUAAGUGAGUUGUGUUACAAUAAUGUGGACACUAAAUUAUUUAAUGAGUUAGAAGUCAGAUAUAGCACGAAUCAAGAUCAUUUCUAUAACUAUAAUAAGACAAUCAGAUUACUUAAUGAAAAUAACAAUGAAAAAGAUGGAAAUGUGACCAAUGAAAGAAAAAAAAAACCCACAAAAGCUGUUGAAAAUAAAUUGAAACAACCCCCCGGAGAUGAUGAUGGCGCAGGAAAUGAUGCAGGAAAUGAUGCAGGAAAUGCAGCAGGAAAUGCAGCAGGAAAUGCAGCAGGAAAUGCAGCAGGAAAUGAUGCAGGAAAUGCAGCAGGAAAUGCAGCAGGAAAUGCAGCAGGUAACGCAGCAGGAAAUGCAGCAGGAAAUGCAGCAGGAAAUGCAGCAGGAAAUGCAGCAGGAAAUGCAGCAGGAAAUGCAGCAGGAAAUGCAGCAGGAAAUGCAGCAGGAAAUGCAGCAGGAAAUGCAGCAGGAAAUGCAGCAGGAAAUGCAGCAGCAGGAAAUGCAGCAGGAAAUGCAGCAGGAAAUGCAGCAGGUGCAGCAGGUAACGCAGCAGGAAAUGCAGCAGGAAAUGCAGCAGGAAAUGCAGCAGGAAAUGCAGCAGGUAACGCAGCAGGAAAUGCAGCAGGAAAUGCAGCAGGUAACGCAGCAGGAAAUGCAGCAGGAAAUGCAGCAGGUAACGCAGCAGGAAAUGCAGCAGGAAAUGCAGCAGGAAAUGAAAAAGCGAAAAAUAAGGAUAAUAAAGUGGAUGCAAAUACGAAUAAAAAGGACAACCAGGAAGAAAAUAAUGAUUCGUCUAAUGGUCCAUCUGAAGAACAUAUAAAGAAUUAUUUAGAAAGUAUUCGUAAUAGUAUUACGGAGGAAUGGUCACCAUGUAGUGUAACUUGUGGAAGUGGUAUAAGGGCUAGAAGAAAGGUUGAUGCAAAAAAUAAGAAACCUGCAGAAUUAGUUUUAAGUGACCUUGAAACUGAAAUUUGUUCACUAGAUAAAUGCUCCAGUAUAUUUAAUGUCGUAAGUAAUUCGUUAGGAAUAGUAUUAGUUUUAGUCUUAAUACUCUUUCACUAA